GCCCGAUAUAUACCAAACGGAUGAUACAGUAAGGAUUGACAUUAAAGGUAUCAGAGAAUAGUGUCAUAAGUUGCCCAACACAAGAGCGUCACAUCCUCUCCGAAUGAUGCAUGCCGUGAAUGUAGCCAUUUAUGUUGGGUACCUCCUGCUGGCCUCUCUGGCGUACACCUCGGCUCUUCCUGCUGUGAGAUCUUCAGUAUCCGAUGCGAUAGCUUUCACCAUCAAGGCUGGAGACGCCCACCUUAAUCCCGGGGUAGCACAUCCAAUACAAUUCCAGAACAGCAUCACCAACCAGGGUGGCUACUACGAAAACUCCACAGGAAAGUUCUUGGCGCCAUUUAGCGGUCUCUACAUCUUCAGUGCUAGUCUGUUUAACGUCUACGCUGGCAAGAAGUUGGACACUGACAUCGUUAUAAAUGGUGCGCAUACCGUAAACGUGUACUGUAGCGCGUGGCUGGGUGACUCGGCAUGUUCCGCCUCCGUCGUGAUCAGGCUGGAGGAGGGAGACCAUGCGUGGGUGGAGGAUGUCAGUGGACAGAUGGUCCACCGUGACUCCACCUUCACCGGGGUACUCCUCAAGAGAUACUACUAGUUAGAAGGACGUCAUCUUAUAUAGAACGGGUCUAGAAACUGUUGACUUGCUUGUUUUACCUAUUUUGUAGCUAGUAUUUUAAAAUUUUUGAAAAAUAAAAUUUUAUAACUAAAGUGAG